CUAAAUAACCGAUUCACUUACAAAGACUUGUGAAUAAUCCACUAUAGAAAAUGGGUUUGAUUCUAGCUCUGUUUUUUGCUCUCGUGGCAGUAUCGCAUGGGGAUCAGAUCAGCGGAGUGACCACAAAUCGGACAGUGGUCAAAGAGCUGACAGUGGGUAACGGAGGGAAUUAUGGCUAUUGGACGGACCCGGAAUUCUGCCCCAGGGGAUCAUUUGCCUCUGGUUACAAUAUGAAGAUUGAAGAUAACCAAUUCGCUGGCGACGACACAGCUCUUAAUGCUAUCAAGUUGAUAUGCACAGACAAAAGUGGACACCCGACAGGAAAUGGCAUCACUUCCGGUCAAGGUUCUUUUGGGGACUGGGGUAAAACGGAAACAUGCAACCAGCCAUAUCAUUCGGCAAAUUUUCUGACGGCGUUUACCCUUCAGGUAGAAAAGCCGCAAGGAGGUGGUGAUGAUACUUCCGCCAACUUCGUAAAGUUCUACUGUCGUGACCUCGCAGGCGAAAGGAAUGAGACCGUUCUCUACCGGCCCCCGGGAACGGGACACUGGGGAACUUACGGUGAAUGGAGCGAAAGCUGUGCAAACGGGACUGCUAUAUGUGGACUUACUACGAAAAUAGAAAGUGUACAGAACUCUGGUGACGACACGUCGUUGAAUGACGUAGUGUUCUAUUGCUGUGAAGAAUCCAGCCAAAUCCCAGGCAUAGUUGGAUAAAAAAUAUAUGCCUCAUUUUUGCUCGUGUUCCAUUCAUAUUGUAUUUUGCCUAAUUUUGAAUACAGUAAUACACUGAGUAAAUACGA